GUCCAUCGCCAUGGGUCUCAAACCUGGUGACCAGCCUUCCCUCCACCUAACGAGCCCCGGUCGGCUCCAGAAGAUCGAUCAGCUCCGCGAGAGGAACAUAGGCGCUUAUCUACCCUUGCCACAGCUCGUGGCAGUGGGAGAUCAGAGUUCCGGAAAGUCAUCUUUGCUGGAGAGCCUGACGGGCAUCCCGUUCCCCCGCGGGCAGGAACUUUGCACCCGGUAUGCCACCCAGAUCACCCACCGCCGCGAGGCAUACCGACAGAUCGACAUCCGCAUCAUUGCUGGACCACAUGCUGUGCAAGACCACAAAACGAAGCUCGAAUCGUACCUCAAGCAGCUGGAGACGACGGCACAGCUUGGCAAGGAGUUUCCCAGCAUCCUGACAGAGAUCAACGCUCUGAUGGGCAUCAGGACCAUCGAUAAUCCAGCUGGCGAGAACACCUUUUCCGAGGAUGUGCUGAAGAUCGAGAAAUGCGGUCCGGACGAGGAUUACCUCACCAUCAUCGACGUGCCCGGCAUCUUUCGCACCACUACCGAGGGUGUCACCACCAACAGGGACAAGGAACUCGUCAAGAACAUGGUCAAGAGAUACAUCAAAGAUAACCGGACCAUCAUCCUCGCCGUCCUGCCCAGUAACGUCGACGUUGCCACCCAGGAGAUCCUGACUCUUGCAGAAGAGGCCGACGCGGCAGGCGACCGGACCCUCGGGAUCUUGACCAAGGCCGAUCUGUUGAAGGAACUAUCGGCCAAAUCCGCCGUGGUGAGCUUGCUGGAAGGGAAGCGAAAGCCCCUCAAGCUCGGUUACCAUGUGGUGACGAACCGUGGCGGGGAUGACCACGGCGAAGAGGAGGAUGCCUCGGCCGCCCUACGCGAGCGUGAGACCAUGUUCCUGGAAGACCCGUGGGAUCGCCUUCCGGACGAUCGCGUCGGUAUAGCCUCCCUACGGGAACGGCUGGGCGAUUUAUUGGGCGAGAUCACGGAUCGUGCGUUCCCUAAGCUCCGGACUGAGACACGCGACAGACUGGCAAAUGCCGAGAAGAAGCUCAAGGACCUCGGCACCCCUCGGCAGACAGAACGCGAGCAGCAGCAAUAUCUGGUGGGUAUCGCGAGCCAGUUCCAGGCCAUUGUCCGCGCCGCCCUGGAUGCAGAUUAUUCGGCACACCCGGCAUUUUCACGGGACGAGUUGCGGCUCAUCACAGCUGUCAUCAACACCACGGAGCAGUUCAACGUCAAUUUUCAAAAUUUUGCUCGCACAUACCAUUUCGAAUCCAAGACGGGCAUUGCGACUGAGGAGGAGGAGGAUGAGGAGGAUACGAAGGAUGACGACGAUGGCAUUCUACAUCUUGAUAUGCCUGGCAUUCCUGAUCCUGGUGAUUUCCCUGACUUGGACAGAAUCAUUGUCACGGACUGGGCCGUCCAAUCGCCCAAGACGGGCAUCAUGAAGUGGAUCGACACUGUCUACCACCGUUCUCGUGGCCUUGACCUAGGCACUUUCGGCCACGGCAUUCUUUCCACUGCUUUCCGGGAGCAGUCGGCAAAAUGGGAGAUGAUGACGAAGCAAUACCUCAGCCUGGUCAUCCUCGUCGUCCAUCGAUUCGUCCUGGCGGCCUUGGAGGUCGUCUGCGUAGACACCCAGGUGUUGCAGGACCUCUCAUCCACCGUCUUGGGUGACCUCGGCGCUAAGUACGAGACUUGCAUGAACCAGGCAAUCUUGCUGGUCCACAUCGAAAGGCAGCUGAAGCCGUACACGCUGAAUCACUACUUCAACGUGAACCAACAGAAGAGCCACGGCGUGCGGAUCAAACAAACGCUGCAGUCCAAGGCCCGACGCGAGUACCCUGGUGACGAAAAGAGGCCCCUUGUUGUUAAGCUAGGCGAUGUUGAGGAUGCAAUCACGAACAAGAGCAACGCAGAACACGCCAAGGAGACCAUCCACGACAUCCUCGAGGCCUACUACAAGGUAGCCUACAAGCGGUUUGUCGACAAUGUCUUCAGCCAGGCGGUCGAUUACAAGCUUCUUUCCGGCCCUGAGAGCCCUCUUCGUCUGUUCUCGGAGCAAUGGGUCCUCGGCCUGGACGCGGAGAAGCUGCGUGCCGUGGCGGGAGAAUCUCGCCGGACGAGGGAGCGUAGGGAGAGGCUGAAGAAGGAGAUUGAGGAAUUGGAAGUUGCAAUGCAGAUCUUGCGUUGAUCGAUGGCCUUUUGCAGGCCAGCUUGGGGAUUUUGUCCGUCGCAAAUAGGGUCAGUGGUUGCUCCCCGAGGGAGAUGCGUAUUCGUAGUGUCCAGAAUGUUAAAAUCCAGUAGCACACAAUAGAGUCAUCCCUCCACAAGGCAGUGGCGGCUCAAUGUAGGAGAUAUGAGGAAUGCAGUGCCCUCCAUUUUCUUCUGCAGGACCUCUUGCCACGGAAAGUCGCCGUCCAUGACAUCGCAGCACUCCGAGUCGGGGUUGCCGUCAUAUUUGAAGGCGAUGAGGCCGAGAAGUGGUUCUCGGAGCGUUAGGAGCUCGUAAGGCGGUUGGGAUGUCUAAGGUAUUCACCCAGCUUGCCGUCAAGUUUCGAGCACGUUCUCCGACCUGGGGCUGGUAACGCAACUU